AUGCCACCUCGACCUACGGCAGCCGCUGCCGGCGGUCUGUUCAACCUAACCUCCCUCUUCCAAGCCCUCCCUCGCCUCACAUACACACCGCAACCACAGUUCCUCCCAACCCGAUCCAUCUGCCCAUCCUGUGCAGCGCCAUUCUCAACCACCGCGCCCCUCGAAAUGAAGCGCAAGCGCAAAGUCCGGAAACGCAUCGACCCCUACCGACAAGCCCAAGCACGACAACGGCGCGCGGCCAACGUUGCCCGACAAGAGUCUCUACGCAAAGCCGGUCUCGACCUGGGACACCCAGUACAUUCCCGCCCUACGCCGUUCAUCGAGUCUCUACAUCCAAAUGCGCCCCUGGCGGAGCUGAAGACUUCUUACUUAAACUACUUUGUCAAACCCAACGAGCUCUCUUCUUCGAUUGAACGGUCAGCCGCGCUGACCAAACCUCGGGAAAUUGAUGGCGACGACAGCGCUAACGCGGACCGCCUCGAGAUCUUCGAAGCUCAGCACGAGAACGCCAUAAAUGUCCUGGCGGCGAAUCUGGGCGGGCAGGAUAAGAUCAACAAGCGGAAUUUGAGGUUAUUGGUGCAUAAACGGCAGAAACAUUUGAACUAUCUUCGAAAGCAGGAUCGUGGAGGUCCCAGGUGGAGGAACCUGGUCGAGAAGCUGGGCGUCAAUGACGGGAUGUGGAGGGGAGAGAUUAGUUUGUGA